CAACAGAACAUGGUGUGACACUGCGUGGUCUUCAUUCCUCAGUCCUGGUGCUUCAUGAAGGGGAAAAGUCAACAAUCACAGAGCCAACCAUCUUCAGUCCAGUAACAAUAAAACUGAAUCCUGUUUUGGUCUUGGGGCGGAUCAGAAGAGGAGUCAGUAUAAAGAGAGAGCAAGAAGUAUGAACUCCACAGGAUCAGGGAAGAGCAGCACUGUGUCCAGUGUGUCAGAGCUGCUUGACCUGUACGAGGAGGACCCUGAAGAAAUCCUCUUAAAUCUUGGUUUUGGUCGAGAAGAGCCCGACCUAGCUUCAAAGGUUCCCUCCCGUUUCUUCAGCAACUCCUCCACAGCGCGAGGCAUCGACAUCAAGGUCUACCUGGGAGCUCAGCUGCAGCGCAUGGAAGUGGAAAACCCCAACUACGCUCUGACUAGUCGUUUCCGUCAAAUCGAGGUCUUGACUACAGUAGCUAACGAGUUUUUCCAGCUCUACAGUCAGGUUUCUGGUCAGCCUGUCCAACGCAUCAGCUCCAGGGACCACGGAGACAGAGGAGAAGGAGAGGGAGAUGAGUCCUCUCCUCCUCUGAGGAGGACCGGCUCGGCUCGAAACGUCGCCAAACUCCUCAAGAAAACCAUCACCAAACACAACCUGUAUGCAGCCGCCUCCUCCGAGUCGCCUGAAGCACACAAGCCUAACCAACACACCCAGCCGAACGGACACGCAACCCCUGAUCACACACACACCAACGGUCACGAACCCCCAGGUCCAGAAGAGGACGGCUGCAGUACCGACUCCGACCACCAGGCGGAGACCGUCAACCAGAAACACAUGCGCAAGAAAGACAACUAUUCCCUGGCAACGGUUGCCGAGGAAACCAACGGGGAUGGAGACGACAGCCCUGAACAGAGCAAAACCGGACCGGCAGCCAAUGGAGAACAUCAACCAGAAUCUGACUCUCAGUCAACCAAUCAGAGAAUAGAAGAAGGAUCCCAGGUUGUCAAAGAGGAGGAGGAGAACCUGACCUCUACCCCAGAGAAAGCCCACCCCACCCUGGCCCCGCUCCAGCUGGCCCAGCUUCGCAUGGAAAACACAGACUCUUUCGACAUGGAGGAGAUUCAGAGUAACGAAGAUGAGGCUCUGCCACCUAAAACUUCCAGAGCCACCGAUCUGUUGAGGACAGUCAGUCAGCAGUCAGACAGCAGUGGUUUUGCUGAGGAGCCCUCCGCCGACUCCAACGGCUACCUCAAGGUGCAGGAGAGCAGUGACAGCUGUGACAGCGAGACCACUGUGACAUCACACCCCUCACUAGAUGUGGCCACGCCCCUUGCAAUGGACCAACCAGCAUUCGAGCUGCCAGAUGGCCGAGAGGAAGAGGCGGGGCCUGGUGGUGCUGCUGAGGCUGAUGGGAGUUCAGAGCAGGUUCCACAGUACUCAGUCCACCACCUCCCAAGGAACAAACCACUGGAAACUCAGCAGGAUAAGACCCUGGAGGAGGAGCAAGUUGAAAGAGGGCACCGGACUGAUCCUGAACCAGAACCAGAACAGGAGAUUUCCCAGAGUUUGUCCGCUGUAGAACCAGAACCUCAACACACCCAGAACCAGACCGAGACAGCUACAGACACAGAACCACCCACAGAGGGAGUGGGUGCUAAGGACGAGGCCCAAGAAGAAAAUGCAUUCUUGGAGGAUUCUCCACUUUGUCCUCCUCCUGCUCCAUCCUCUCCAGUUCUAAGCGCUCUGAUCCGAGCCAAACGGAGCCAGCUGACCCGGGGUGGGCAGCAGGUUGACCUCGAGUCCGCCGAUUCUCCCCAAAUCCCAAGCAGAGGACGAGGACGAGGAAGACGCGGCGUACCUAUGCAGCGGUCGUCCUCCCUGCCCUCCUCGCUCCUCUCACCCUCCAGGGUCGUGUCCUCCGUCAGGAUCCAGUUUGGGCGAGGUCAGGCGUCCUGUACGCAGCCCAGGUUCUCCUUCAAAUACAACCAGGAGGAUGAAGGGGACGGGGAAGAGGUAGAGGAGGAGGGAGGAAAAGCCAACUGUCUGUCUACUUUGAUUAUAAACCCUGCCUCCUCGUCUGGCUCUAUCAACCAACCACUAAGGCUUCCCACAGAAGCUCCCAUCCCACCCAAACCUAUCCCACACUACCUGCUGCGGUCAACCUGUUCCCUGCAGAGCUGCAGCCCUCCUCCUGAUUGGUUACCAGGAGGCCCUGCCCACUCCUGGAGCACCCAGAGCGUUCCUGAUCUCUCCUCCAAUCAGCGGCAGCCGGGCCAGUUCCAACAGAACAUUAGCACCAACCAAAACCAGCAAAAUUGGAAUCCAGGACAGUAUGUUAACCCAAGCCCCAAUCCUAGUCCCAGCCUUAACUCCACCCCAUACCCCUUCACUCUGAACCCUCCUCCACAGUACCCUGCCCCUCUCCAUCCAUACGCCAGUCUUCCUAAUCUCCUUCACCACCACAACUUGUCCCACCAUUCUAGUCUAAACAGUCUCUACCAACCUACAACUCCCACAAUGCCCCAGCAUAACAGCCUCUCCAACUUGCAUCAGCCCUCCACUUCCACGGCACCUCACCAUGUCAAUCUGGGUAGCCUGCAUCCGAGAACUCCAGCGAUGCACCACCAGGGCUACAAUCAUCUAUACGGCCAUCCGUCACCCUACCAUGCCACUCCUCACGGCUCACAGUUUGCCUCGCCCUACCUCGGCUACCAUGGGUACAACAUGAACCCAAACCUGGCGUUUCCACACCUGGCCCCAGAACACAGCCUCCAUCCAGGGUUUGCUCCUCCUGCUCCAGGUUUUUUCCCAGACCUGGCCUCAACCCUAGGACCAGGUCACAGCCUCCACCCGAGGCUGGCUCCUUAUGUUGCUCCAGGUCCGGGACCCAGCCAGGGCCCGUCCAGCACUGAGAUGCAGCUGAGGAGAGUUCUGCAUGACAUCAGAGGAACGGUUCAGAGUCUCAGCCAGAACCGAGCCGACACUCCGGACUCUUUCAGGGAGCACAGAGCAGAUCUGCCCAGCCACCAGUCUUUGGCAGAGUUUAAGCAGAAGAGGCAGAGUCUAAACUUGUUCCGCAGUCAGAUGAUGGACCUGGAGCUGUCAAUCAUCCGACAGCAGGCUCUGGUCUACAAACACCUGAGCCCUGCCGACAGGAUGGAGGUGGAGCAGCUUCAGUCUCUGAGGUCGGCGGUCAGAGAGGAACUACAGGAGCUGGAACAACAGCUGGAAGACAGACUGAUGGAGGUGACACAUCACACACAACACAGGAGUCUCCAUAGAGACGGCAGUGUUGACAGCCUGUCCACCGCGUCUGCACUGAGAGCCAUGGAGCCGGUGUCAGACCUCCUCAGAGAGCAGCUCUACCUCCAAUCUGAGCUCAGCUACGACGGUAACGCCCCCUCUACUGACUGCUCCUCCCGAUCCUCCAGUCCAGUCCGAGGAGGAAGCGGCGAGCAGAGAGGAGGCGUGUACCGGGCAUCAAUUAACAUAAACCCUGCCCCGCCUCGUCGACCCAACACACACACUGAGGAAGAGAAGGAGGGAAAGAGGGAUGGAGGAGGAGGAGAAGGAGAAGGAGGAGAAGUACAAGAGGAGGAGGGAGCAGCAGGAGGAGUCAGAGUGGGGAACCUGCAGCAGCUUAUCAGAGAGAUUCGAGAAAGCGUGGCGCAAGAGGUCCGACAGGAGAUCUACAGCGAGCUGCUGGCUGCCGUGUCGCCACGGCGAUCGCCCCUGCCCGGAAGCAAACACCCACAGUAGUCGUGGCAACAGCAAUGCACCGCCCCCUUUCACCUUCAGCCUUAGUAACCACAGCCUGAGCAGCAACGCUGUCUGUCUGUAACACUGUAUAGCUGAGUAACACUGUCUGUGUGAAACACUAUGUGUCUGUAACACUGUAUGUCUGGAACACUGAUGACGAAAUGAGCACACUGCCUACACGUGAUAAACCCCACCCUCCCCAGGUGGGGUGGGCAGGGCCUCAGAUGGGACGUUUACGUGUCUGUUUGGUUCUAAUGUGUUGGUGUGAUGCAUGCUGGGAAAGCCAGUCUGAACCAGCCUGUGCCUGUGAACCAUCAGCAAUGAUGUGUUGUCUUUUCCUCCCAUCCUGUUUUGGUUUUUUAAGCUGUUUUGAUCAAAGCUAGGCCUCUUAACUGCUACACUGCCACUAAUACUACGAGUACCACAACUAGGACUGCGAACAGUCGUACCAGUGCUACCAGUAACACCACAACUAGUCCCAGUCAUGUCCUCAAGUUCUUUUGCCCCAGAUCAGUCCGUCCUGAUGAUGAGGAUAAUAAUAAUAAAUAAUCAGUUGCUUUUAAUUUUAAACAGUCAUUCAUGUAGAAGCCUUAAUGAUGUUAUCAGAGCCACACACAGGACCAACUUCCCUUACAGAUACUGUAUGUGCCUUAAUGAACUAUUGAUCCAA